AUGGCCGAAUAUGUUGCCCCUCCUGCUGUCGAAAUUGUGGCAGACCAGGCAAAGGAAUACGCAUCACCCUAUCUCCGUUACUUUUUCCGUUAUGGAGAGAUUGUUGAAGAUUUCAAGAAUCAACGAGAAGCACUUGAAUUGAAGAAAGAGAGGGUGGGCUAUCGUCGUCCUCUUCAAGGAAUAGAGUUCAUCACAUCCACUGAUUUCAUGGACUCUGAAUCUUCAAAAUCAGCUUUCAACCAGAUCAUGGAGGCUAUAAAUGCUAAGGGUGUCAACAUGAUCGGGCUGCACGGAAUGCCAGGAGUUGGUAAAACAACUUUAGCCAAAGAAGUUGGGAAGCAUGCUCGAGAACAAAAGUUGUUUGAUAAAGUUGUGAUGUUUACUAUGUCCCAAAAUCCAAACAUCAGAACAAUUCAAGAUAAAAUUGCAGAGAUGUUUGGUUUAAAUUUUCAUACAAAUACCGAAGAAGGAAGAGCAGAAGAGCUAUUCAGGAGUAUGCAAGGCGUAAACAAAAUCCUCGUAAUUGUCGAUGACCUCUGGGAAGAAUUCAAAAUGGAGAGUAUCGGAAUUCCAUUCGGUGAUGAACACGAGGGUUGUAAAAUUCUUCUGACUACACGUCGUCAACAAGUCUGCACUAAAAUGAACUGUAAGGAAAUUCAACUUGGCAUCUUAUCCGAAGACGAAGCAUGGGUUUUAUUUCGACAUAAAGCUGGUUUAGAAGAUGAUUGUUCCACCUUGAAUGAUGUAGCCAAAGAGGUUGCUGCUCAAUGUAAGGGAUUGCCUCUUGCAAUUGUUGUCGUGGCCAAAGCUUUAAAAGGUGAGAGUUUAAAUGGGUGGAGAGACGCAAUUCAGAUAUUCAAGGACUCAACGCAUUUGUAUGAUGAAGAAGUCCUCGGGGGUGUCCUCGAGCCUCUUAAGCUUAGCUACGAUUACUUGAAGAAAGGCAUUAACCAAAUGACGGGAAAUCACAUCCAAAUGUGUUUCUUACUGUGUUCCCUUUUUCCUGAAGAUGAAGAAAUCUUUAUUGAGAUACUGAUUAUGUGCGGAAUUGGAGUAGGAUUGUUCCCUAAUGUUUACUCGAUUGAAGAUAAAAGGAAGAAAAUUGUUGAAGCACUAAAAAAACUCAAAAAAUCUGGCUUGUUAUUGGAAACUGAUGGUGCAGAUACGAUUAGAAUCCAUGAUGUGAUUCGAGAUUUUGCUCAUUGGCUAACAUCAACGGGAGAAAAUAGGUUCAUGGUAAAAGAUACGUUGAAAGAAUGGCCUCAUAUGGAUGAAAGUUAUACUGCAAUCGCUUUAUGGAAUUGUAGUAGUAUCAUAAAAAAUUUUCCUGAUAAAGUGGAAUUUUCAAAGCUCAAAACUUUGUUUUUAGUGGGUGAGAGGAAGAGGAAGCGAGAUGAUUUCCUAGUGGUUUUCGGUACAUUUUUUGAAGAAAUGAAAGCCCUCCAAGUUUUACUUCUCCAACGUGUCAGCUUCUCACUGAAAGGACUCCCUUCCUUACCAAAUCUUAAAACUUUGUGGUGUUAUAAUUGCAUGCUGAAAAACUUCUCAUCCUCACUGACAAAUAUGAGAAGCCUUGAGAUUCUUUCAUUGACUGGCACUGAAAUUGAUAAGUGA